GUUAGUGAAACGCCCUAGGUUUCUAUAAACACUAAUUUGAACGUCUGCAUCGCCUCUUACGGUUCUAGGGUUUAUAAGGAUUCUCUCGUUCAGUGCAAUGUGAGUUCAUUAUCUGUUGAAAUUACUUGAGACGCUUCUAGCAAACGCCGAUUUGCAUCGUCUUCCUCCUAACGAUUCUCUGUAAUCAGAUUAUCUUGUUCGGUGUUCUUUUAAUUGCUUCACGAAUUAGUAGAAUUUUUUUAUUUUCCAAGUCUAGUAAAGCUAGGGUUUUUUGAAUUUGUAUUUCAUGUAGCAAGCCCUUUAUGUGUAUGCAAAUUAUAUGUUUCUGUGUUGCCUGCUAAUCGUUAGGGCUUUUGAAUGAGCUCUUCUUUUACUGAAAUUACUGAAUGGUAAAAUUUUUCUUUCUUUGAGUUUUUGAAUUAGUAGGGCUUCUUUGACACUUAAUUUGAGUCAUUGCUGCUUUAUUUUAAUGCCAGUUACAUGUUCUUAUGAUGCCUGCUAAUCGUUAGGGUUUUGGAACUUCAGGUCAUGAAAAGUAUUUGUUAGGGCAUUCAUUUGAGUAUAUAUUCAUUAUGAAAAUGAUUAAGAGUUUAUUUGCUCUGUGAAUGUUAAAGCGACAAUGCCAUCAACAUCAAAAUCAAAAUCAAAAUCAAAUCGGCGAAAAGGCAAGACAGUUCCAAAACCCAAGCAGGUAUGGCGUGUGAAGCCUCCAACGAGGAACUGGUUGGAGCUUCCAUCAGAUUUAAUGGUGAAUAUACUACAAAGAAUCGGCUUGAAGGACAUACUCGAGAAAGCCCAAUUAGUGUGCACUGCGUGGCGUGAAAUCUGCAAGGACCCUGCCUUGUGGAGGGUCGUUCAUUUGGACAAUACUUUCCGUUGUCCAUUUGACAAGACCGAAUGCCAGCAGAUGUUGAAGCAUGCUGUGGAUAGAAGCCAAGGCCAGUUGGUUGAUUUAACUCUCAUCGAUGUAUUGGAUCAUGAGCUUCUUCAAUUUGUUGCUGCUAGAUCAAGUCAGCUUCGACGUCUAGAAAUAAUGUAUUAUUUUGUUGACCAUGGAAUCUGGAGUGAAGCUUUCAAGAAAUUCCCAUUAUUGGAGGAACUCAGCCUUCUCAGAACAGACAUUUCGCAAGAAGAUAUUGAAGUUGUUGGACAGCAUUGCCCAUUGCUAAAAACACUCAAAGUGAACCAACAAGCAAUGACUCUGCAGAAUGAGAUAGCCUUGGCGAUUGCGAAAAGCUUACCUAAGUUAACUCACCUUGAACUUAUUGGGAGCAGCAUUAAAAACACCGAGUUGCAGGCCAUUCUGGAUGGUUGCGGUCACCUUGAAUCACUUGACUUGCGUCGGUGCACACACCUUGAUCUAAACGAGGACUUAGGGAAAAGAUGUUCACAACAGAUUAAACAUCUGAAACUUCCAAAUCAACAUCUUGAAUCGUCUAUACGUGAUCUUUUAGACGAUCAAAGGUGAUGAAUAUGAUGCAUACUCUGACGAUUUUGAUGAGUAUGAUGCAUACUCUGACUAUUAUGGUUAUGAUGAUUACGCUGACUAUUAUGGACAUGAUGGACACUUUGAUUACUCAGACUUUAUUAUUGAUGGUUCGUAUGACAUAGAGAGAAUGAUGGAGAUGAUGCCUUUCAAUGACAUGUUUGGAUAAUGCGGUGUAUCCGCUGCUGCAAGAAUAAUCUUCUUUUCGGCCUUGCUCAUAAAAGGUAUAUUUUGUGAAAAAAAAAAACUGGGUAAAUUUUAAAGAUGUAUGUUUGGGAGUUGUCGUUUGUUCUUGAAACGAGUAUCAUUACAUGAAAACUGUUGUCUUGUUAAUGCAUGGGAUUCUGGUAACAUUUCUGAAUAUGAUGUGUGGUUUCCUA